AUUUUCAGCAGCUAUCACUCGUUUGAUUUCUCCUUUUCACACUCCUUUAGACUCAACUCUGCAGUCAAAGUUCCACCUUCAUCCCGGCUUACUGUUAUCCAGCAAGAUAAAAUUAAUUGCCCAAGAUGUACCACCACCGUGCAUUGAUCCUACUCCUUGUUAGCGGUCUCGCCAGAGCACAGCUACCCAACCUUCCCCAAUGUUCUCUGAACUGCUUCAUCAGCGCGUUCCAAAAUGAUGGAUGCUCGCGCCUCCUGGACUUCGCCUGUCAUUGCUCGAAGCCAGAGGUAGUGCAAGUCGUGACUCCAUGCGUGCAAAAGAACUGCAAUGCUGCCGAUCAGAGCGCCGUAUCGAACGAGGUCGUCCGCCAAUGCUCCGCGGCUGGCCAUCCCAUCACCCUCCCACCCGUUGCUGGUGCCGAGACCACAACCACAUCCCAGCCCCCGGCCACUACCCCCAACACGAGCGCACACCCCACCAACACAGGAGCGAUGACUCUUCCCACCAUCUCCUCGGCUGUGACUCCCUCCGGGCCCAAGUCCGCGCCUGGAGCCUCUGGCACCGCCUCCCGCAGCUCCUCAUCGAUCAUUCAAGCAUCGUCUAGUACCCCCGGGGCUUCCUCAUCUCGGGCAUCUCCUAGCACUCCUCUUGCCACGGGGGCCGGCUCUCACGCCGAGGCUAACAUGGUAGGAGCCGCUCUUGCCGUCGCUGCGGCGGCUUACAUCCUAUAAGUGAUAGGAGACAGACUUGAGCCUCACUCGUCGAUGGGUGAUCUUCUCAGGGGCCAGGCACGUGGAUGGACUGUAUGUCCAAGCGAUACGAUGGUUGGAAUAUCAAGACGAGAACGGAUCCUGUAAGGGGAAGAUACAUUGGUCUUGAAAGGUCUUCGAUCGUUCAGUGUCAUUCGUGUUGUCUGUUUUCUCACCCCGCUGCUUUCGCGGUGUUUUCAGGUACGAUGGGAAUAUGAGUUCUGUUUGCGCAGCUAUGAAAGGAAAUCGGCU